GAGUACUUUUGAUUUCAUAGGUACUAUUGAUUUUCACGUAAUUUGUCAUAAUUAUUCAAAACUAAACAGUAAUACUUGUUAAAAACACUUUAAGUCACUCUCCCUUCCAGUGUUCCUAACAUAAAGAAGUUUUUAUUGAUUAAACUUAAUAAAACUCAAAUAAAUGUUUCUAUGUGGUUUUUACGUGAAUUUACGUUGAAAUAAUGGAGCAAUCACCAUUCAACAUGGUCCCUGAAUUUUACACAGUAAAGGUUGAAUCUGAUAGAGACGCUUGUGAAGGGUGCCUUAGCACAGACCGAAAACUAUCGCCUAUAAAUGACAAUAUGGAUUUAUUUAUAUACUUGCUGGGUGACCGUCCUAAAAUUGAAUCAGAGUUUAUUCUGCUUUGCUGGGAGUGCUUAGCGAUAUUGAAGAAGAUACAGCGGUUUAGAAACAGGGUGCAAGACGCUCAGAGGACACUACAACGAGAAUUAUGUCCACAGAAACAAAUACAAAGUCUGUCAACAAUUGGCAGAAUAAAACUAGAGCCAGUGCAUUUAACAGAUAAAGAAACAUCUCACGAUACUACUAUGCAUGAUACAUCACAAACAUUCGUAACAGAAAUGCCUAAUACUAUUAUAAAUGCUCAAAAGAUGGCGCCACCUGACGUAGAAGUUAUAAAUUUUAUAGAAGACUUACAAAUAAAGGAAGAAGUAGAUUCUGAGAUCCCUCUAGAAGAUACAGUUGACGCACAGGAGAUAAAAGAAGAAGUUAAAGAUAUAAGUGAAAAAAAGGUUAAACGAGAAAGAAGGAAACACCAUGAAGGAUUUAAAAAGAUAGUGAAAAUAUGUAAAAAUCCUAAUGUCGAUUUAGACAAUCAUGAAAGCUGUUACUUCAAAGAUGCUCUAAGUGUGACUGAGAUAGAAAAUAUGGGGAGUUCCGUAAGAGAGAAGGUGUUAAAAAGCAAUAAGUUGGUCUGCAAGGAAUGUUUGAAACUUUUUAAACAUAAAAGUGAUAUGAAUAUGCAUAAUACUUACUGUCAUGUUAUGAAAGAGUCCGAAGGCCCGUUCGUCUGUCUAGAAUGUAACGCUAAGUGUGAAGACAGGCCGUCACUGGAGGCCCACUGGAGUAAGCAUAACAUCAUUAACCGUUGCAAGGAAUGUGGUUGGGCGACCUCCGUGCUUUAUAACAUGAAGCAUCACGCGGAGACGCAUGCGUACUUGUGGCGUUGCCGCUUGUGUCCUGAACUUGUUGUGCGAACGCGGCGCGAUUUCAUCUACCACUACCAAGCUGUUCAUAAACGAGCAAUAUGUGACUAUUGUGGGAAAAAGUGUGAGUCUAAACCUGCCGUCCUGAAACAUAUGAGAAGCUGUCACAUACCCAUAGAAUGCAAGAUAUGUAAACUCACAUUCAAGCAGUACGGGCGUUUGAGCAGGCAUAACACACUCAGCCAUCCAGAGCUGGUGAAUAAGACAUCUCCUAAGGAAUUAGCGUACUGUGUGGAGUGUGACAAGCAGUACGCCAGCGAAGCCAAAUACAGACUGCACCUAAGUACAUCUGUUGUACAUAACCCUAAAGUUAGAGAGAGUUGGAGUAAGAAGAUACCAUGUCCAGAUUGCGGCAAGAUCUUCACUCGCACCAGCUAUAUGAACAAUCACUAUAAACUGAUGCAUAAGAAAGAGACAAAACAUUACUGCGCGCUAUGUGACAAGUACUUGGUGUCAGCGUGGUCCAAGAAACUCCACGUGCAAGGUGUACACCAGAAGAUCAGACAACCGAAGACUAAGGUCUGCGAUAUAUGUCACCGAGCAUUCUGUAGUAACGCUACGCUGGCGCGCCAUCGACGCACCCAUACUGGAGAGCGACCCUACGCCUGUCCACACUGCCCCGCCGCCUUCACGCAGCGAACGCCGCUAGUCACCCACGUGCGGACGCAGCACAAUGCUACCGUGUAAACAUACAUUUAAAUAAAUAUUAUACAGUGAC